UCUUUGGUGAGGUUCGCCACAUUUAACUCAACAUUAAUCGGUACAUUUGAACAGAUAUUUUUAAACACCCAUAAUAGUUACUUUCGUGAGAAAAUGAGCGACAACGAAUAGGAAUUUGUUGAGCGGAUUUCAAAUGGCCAAUAUGAAGUUGACACGAUGACUGCUAUUGGAGAGAACAAGUUUUACAAUCUAACUGUGAAGUUUCCAGGAGUUCCCGGCGACGUUAUUCACGCUCACGGUCCUAUCGGCGGUGCUCUAGCUCACGCUCCUACAGCGGAGAGUACCGGCGUCAGAGAAGCCACAGCCACUCCCCCAUGUCAAACUGACGACGCCACAUCGGAAACCGGGCGAAACCAGAUCCCAGCUGUUGUUUGGGUGUCUUCGGGCUGAGCCUGUACACGACCGAGCGGGACUUGAGGGAAGUCUUCUCCAAGUAUGGCCCUCUUGAAGACGUGAGCAUCGUCUAUGACCAACAAUCACGACGAUCCAGGGGCUUCGCGUUUGUCUACUUCGAAAAUCGCGAAGACGCUAAAGAGGCAAAGGAACAGGCCAAUGGCAUGGAACUGGAUGGGCGCCGGAUCAGAGUGGACUAUUCCAUCACAAAGAGACCACACACGCCCACCCCAGGAAUCUACAUGGGUCGGCCCGCCUAUGGCGGUGGUUCCAGCAGUUCCCGACGUCGUGAUUACUACGACCGUGGUUACGAGCGAGGGUGUGACCAGGGAUACGACUGCUACGAUGACCAGGACUACUACCGGUCCUACAGGUGAGUGGAAAGAUGUGAAGAGAUGACCAAUCACAUUGUGUCUCAUCACAGGCGAAGGUCCCCAUCUCUGUACUACGGUCGCGGGGCAUCCAGAUCCAGGUCGCGGUCUAACUCUCCACGUAAGUGAGGACCACUGCUGUUACUAGUACAUUAGUCAAUGUUAGUUAUACAUUUAG